GUGCGGAGCCAGCGCGCCCUCGUGCGUCCUGGCAGGUGAAGUGACGCCCUGCACCCUGAAAGAUGGCGGCAACGACGGCGGUGGCGAUGUCGUCUUCCCCGGCGGGCGCCACGUCGACGGCGGCCGCUCUCGGAGAGGUGGAGGAUGAAGGUCUCCUGGCGUCGCUGUUCCGGGACCGCUUCCCCGAAGCCCAGUGGCGGGAGCGGCCCGACGUGGGCUGCUACCUGCGGGAGUUGAGCGGCUCCGGACUGGAGCGGCUGCGGCGUGAGCCCGAACGCCUGGCCGAAGAGCGGGCGCAGCUGCUGCAGCAGACGCGAGACCUGGCCUUCGCCAACUACAAGACCUUCAUCCGCGGCGCCGAGUGCACCGAACGCAUCCACCGCCUCUUCGGCGAUGUGGAGGAGUCGCUUGGCCGCCUGCUGGACCGCCUGCCGGGCUUCCAGCAGACGUGCAGGAACUUUGUGAAGGAGGCUGAGGAGAUCAGCUCCAGCCGCAGGAUGAACACCCUGACGCUGAACCGGCACACAGAGAUCCUGGAGAUCCUGGAGAUUCCUCAGCUCAUGGAUACCUGCGUCCGGAACAGCUAUUACGAAGAGGCCCUGGAGCUUGCGGCCUACGUGCGCCGACUGGAGAGGAAAUAUUCCUCCAUCCCCGUCAUCCAGGGCAUUGUGAGUGAGGUGCGCCAGUCCAUGCAGCUGAUGCUGAGCCAGCUGAUCCAGCAGCUGCGGACCAGCAUCCAGCUGCCCGCCUGCCUCCGCGUCAUCGGCUACUUGCGGCGCAUGGACGUCUUCACCGAGGCCGAGCUAAGAGUGAAGUUUCUUCAGGCCCGAGAAGCCUGGCUCCGUUCCAUCCUGACUGCCAUCCCGAACGACGACCCCUAUUUCCAUAUCACCAAAACCAUCGAGGCCUGCCGCGUCCACCUGUUCGAUAUCAUCACCCAGUACCGGGCCAUCUUCUCAGAUGAGGACCCGCUGCUGCCCGCUGCGGCAGUCCAGCACACCGUGAAUGAGAGUGCCAUCUUCCACGGCUGGGUGCUACAGAAAGUCUCCCAGUUCCUGCAGGUGCUGGAGACCGACCUGGACCGGGGGGUAGGCGGCCGCCUUGACUCGCUCCUGGGCCAGUGCAUGUACUUCGGGCUGUCCUUCAGCCGGGUGGGGGCUGAUUUCCGGGGCCAGCUGGCUCCCGUGUUCCAGCGGGUGGCCCUCAGCACUUUCCAGAAAGCAGUUCAGGAAGCAGUGGAGAAGUUCCAGGAUGAAAUGGAUUCCUACACCCUCAUCCUGGCCCCCGCACUCCUGGGCAGCAGCAGCCUGCCUGCGGCCGUGCCAGCCGAGCAGCCGGACACGCUGCAGCCGCCGACUGUGCUCUUGGACUUCCCGCCGCUCGCGUGCUUCCUCAACAACAUUCUGGUCGCCUUCAACGACCUGCGCCUCUGCUGCCCCGUGGCCCUGGCGCAGGAUGUGACGAGGGCCUUGGAGGACGCCCUUGUCAAGGUAACCAAGACGCUCCUGGCCUUUCACCGUGCAGAGGAGGCUGCCUUCAGCAGCGGCGAACAGGAGCUCUUUGUGCAGUUCUGCACCGUCUUCCUUGAAGACCUGGUUCCAUACUUAAAUCGCUGUCUGCAGCUCCUUUUUCCACCAGCGCAGAUUGCGCAGACCCUAGGUAAGAAAAAGGCCCUUUGCGUUGCCAUUUGGAAUAGUUUGUGUCUGCUCCCCUCUCCCCCCACCAUGAUCUCUAUAUUGAAUUUGAUCACUGACUCAUUUUCCCUUUGGCUUUCUCUCCCCUCUGGGUCAGGCAUUCCACCUGCUCAGCUCUCCAAGUAUGGAGACUUUGGGCGCGUGGACGUCAGCGCCAUCCAGGAGCCUCUAGCCUUUAUCCUGCCCAAGAGAGAGCCGGUCUUCUCCCUGGAUGAAAAGGAGCCCUUGCCUGAGCCCCUGGCGCCUGCCCCGGAGCCGCCAGCCCAGGAGCCCAGCAUGGAGCCCGGCCCCUCGGCAAACCCCGAGGGUGGCCAGGAGAAGGGGUCCUCGGGGGAACCGGGGGAGCCCACGGAGCCGCCUCCGGAGGGGAUGUAGCCUGUGGAAAGCAGCGUGCCAGUGCCAAACGGGAAUUUAGGAAUAAAGCUCCUUGGCUCCCAGCC